CACAAGGAAAAUUCCCCUUGCUUUAAACUUAUUUAAAUAACUCUUUUUAUUUAAAUUAGAACAAUUACCUUUACUUAUCAGUGCGUCAAAUAGCUUCGAAGUAUUUCAAAAACAUAAUGUCCAAGAGCAAAAUAUUUAAUAUCUCAAGCGAAGUUGACAAAAGUGUCACUGAAAACAAGCACCGUCACGUCACAGACACAACAGACAUUUACAAUGCCGAUUUUGAGACUGCAAUUUCUGCCACAAAAUUCGGGAAAUUCAACAUAUUUCUCUUUUUGCUUUUAAUUCCUUCAGGAUGGACCAAUAUGUUAGAAACGACAACAAUGUCAUAUGUUUUUCCUGCAGCACAUUGUGAUUUAGAUUUAUCAUUGAGCAACAGGGGAUCUUUGAAUGCUAUUACUUUUGUUGGCAUGGUUUCCAGUGGUUUCAUUUGGGGUUUUUUGUGUGACACGCUGGGAAGGAAAAAACUGAUGAUUACUGGUUACCUGUUAGAUGCUGCAUUUGUUAUAAUGAGUUCGUUUUCUCAAAACUAUACACUUCUGCUAAUUUUCAAAUUUUUUGGUGGAUUUAUAAUCAACGGGCCGUUUUCUGCGUUAACUGCAUACUUAUCGGAAUUUCAUUGCUCCAAGUAUCGUUCAAAAGUUCAGUUAGUGAGAGGAAUGAUCGUUAGUUGUGGAACAAUGGCACUGCCUUUGCUAGCGUGGGCAAUUUUACCACAAGAUAUUUCUAUUAACCUUUUUAAUGACACAGUAGUGCUACACUCUUGGAACAUAUUUUUAUUGGUAUGUGCCAUCCCAUCUUUAAUUAGUGGAAUAAUAUUUAUCUUCAUGCCAGAGAGUCCUAAAUUCUUAAUGACAGUAGGACGCAAUGAAGAAGCAUUGGCAAUUUUUAAAAAAGUUUACUCUCUUAACACUGGAAAUAAAGAAAAAUUUCCGAUUCAAAGUCUGCAAGAUGAAACAAAAACUGAAAGAUUAGAAACUCAAAAACAUGGAGGACAUAUUACUGCUGGAAGAAACAAAACUCAAGCGCUAAAGGAAGGUUUCCAACAAAUAAAACCGUUAUGUUUUCCUCCCCAUCUGAAACAUAUUAUUUUAGUAUGUUCUAUUCAGUCAGUAAUUAUGUUAACAGUAAAUACUUUGAGGUUGUGGUUGCCUCAGAUAUUUCAGUCGAUCAGUGACUACCAAUACUACAACAAUGGUACUACAGCUAGUCUAUGUACUAUGUUGGAAGCACUUAGGCCGUCCACACAUUCUAACAUCACCUGCCACGUAAAUUUCUCCCCAUCAGUUUACUUGAAUACGAUAAUUGUUGCAGGAGUAUCAAUAUCUGGUUAUGCGAUAGCUGGUUCGAUUAUUAACAAAACAGGAAAAAAAAUGCUCUUAGGAAUUCUUUCACUAAGUGGAGGAGUAUGCGCCAUGUCGAUAUAUUUUUCCAAAAAUACAGCUAUGGUUGUAACAUUAGCCUCUUUAUUUCUAUCAACGGGAGGUAUUUGUGGAAACGUAAUCUUGACAGUUGUAAUAGAUUUAUUUCCGACAUCAUUGAGAGCUGUGACGAUAUCUCUGGUAUUGAUGUUUGGCCGCUCAGCAUCCAUGGUUGGAAAUUUGAUUUUCCCGCUCUUACUUUCAUUGGGUUGCGCACCGCCAUUUUUCACAAUUGGAUCCAUACUAAUAUUGUGUUCCUUACUUGUCAUGUUUUUGCCGAAUACCGAUCGAAAAGCUUUAGAAUGAAGACGACCGUACUGUAAGAAUGUGAUAAUUACUUCAGAAAAAUUUUUUACUCUUUUAUAUUUGACUAGACGACAAGCCAAGGUUUGACACCUUUUUAGCUUCUAAUUCUCUAGAUGAAGAACUCUGAUAUUAUUAAUGUAUUAAAAAUGUUGUCGUAUAAUGGUCAAUAAAAAACCAAAAAAAUUAAAAUGCAAAUUGUUUUACAACUAGGUACGAGUAGUUCAACUUCCAUGUUAUAAGGUUUUCGAUUUUAAAUUUAAAUAUAUUUGACGAAAAAUAUUUUUUACUAAAUUUUAACGUUAAGAAGCUUUUCUUCAGUAUGUAUACAAACCAAAUUUGAAGCAAAACUCUGAGAACAGUGGGUAAGGCUUCCACGAAACGAUUAUGUAUAUGUGUGUGUACAUGACAUACAGAGGUAUAUACAUAGUAUAACUAUAUUUACAUAAGUACAGACAUUACGUCUAUAUAUUCUACAAAAGGAAUUCUAUCAACUCAACUCUCCGGACCACCCGUCUUUCCCCGCUUUCCAAGACGUUAUUGUUCCACCAUAAACUUUUAUCCCCAUCUUUUGGCUUCAUAUUUUUACGAAAUAAACCCAUACGGCGCUCCGGUACGACGUCUAUGGGUUCUAGUAUAUACGGCGACGAUGACUCAUUGUCCAUGACGGCGUCCGGAGAAGAGCCUGGAAGCGGAUGUCGCGACGGGUGUUCGAGAAUAAGCCUAAAACCGGUGACAAAGACUUUCGAGAAGGACCGUACAGCUGUUUAAAUGAGACCCACCGUCGGGAACAGUUAGUAUACUGCAAAUAACGAGAGAUGGAUUCAGUCGAGUUGGUUCAGUGAAGACAGAGUUUAGCCAAAUUGCGCUGGAAUUAUUUUGUACAUAAUCGCUGUGUAAUGAGUCGUGUAAAUUCGAGUUAUUAAGAAAUAAAUUGUUGAAUUUAA